AUGCUGAUUGAUAUUACGAAGUUCCUCUUCAUAUUCCUCCUUGUGAUAACUUCAUUUGCCUGUGGACUGCACCAGUUGUACUACUACUACUUCUCCGAGGACAAUGACAUGCGGCCAGCUGCAUUUUCUUCGUGGAAUUCUUAUCUUUUUUUCCCAAUGGACAGCCUUCUGCGAUCCUAUCAAGCGCUCUUUUGGCAUCUUUUCGGAGUGACGCAAAUAAAUCAGUACCGGCUUCAGACAAAGGAUGCCGAGGGCAAAAUGGUCGACUUGAAGUCAGCCCAGGUGACAGUGACGGUGGGCGAGAUACUCCUGAUGAUCUAUCACGCCAUGGCCAUAAUCGUACUCGUUAAUAUGCUCAUCGCAAUGAUGUCAAAUUCCUUUCAGACCAUCCAGGCAAUAAGGAAAGUCGCUAUUGAUAAAUUGAAUGUCGUUGGACAGAACCAGGCUGAUACUGAGUGGAAGUUUGCCCGCAGCAAGCUCUGGCUCGGCUAUUUCGAUGAGGGCUCUACUCUGCCACCGCCACUAAAUACUAUCGUCAGUCCCAAAUCCAUCUGGCGAUUUGCAAGAGGCCUCAUUCAUCUCCUUACCUGCUCCACUACAUUCGCUUCGGUGACCGAUGACAAAUCAAAGUUGCCGCCCACUCGUGGGCGUAUGCGCCAUCGAUGCAAACACAGUGGAACUGUGAAGCCGUUCUCUCCUAAUCAAGCUAACUCAACCACUGGACACAGGAGUUUGUGGUCCGACCACUCGGUAGAGCCGACUAUACGUCUUCCCAGCUCGGUUAGAAACGAAAAGUCGACUUCCUCAUCGGAUAAUGCGACUCACUUCUCAGGUUUGGCAAGGGCUGAGAAUACUUCAGGCGAAAAGUCAGAAAAGCGACAUUCUUAUCAGGCCAUAACACGUAUUCUGGUGCGGCGAUACAUCCACGUGUCGAAAAAGACGAUGCGACAAGGUGUAGUUAACGAAGACGACCUUCUAGAAAUUAAACAGGAUAUUUCUAGUCUGAGCAUGACGAAUGUGUUUUACUUUGCUUUGGCGAAUCGGGACAGAUAUGAACUGCGCGAGGAUAGGCAACGCGAGGUAGCGCGCUCGAUUGGCCACUUGGAGGGUCUGAAGUAUCAGCUGCUUUCGGUGCUAGUGCCACACCAUCGACAAGAACGGGAGAAUAGUUGCACAAGAUGGGUCAAUCCCCAUCUUGGUGCUGUUCCACGAUCUCCACAGCCGCCGUCGCAUUCUGUCGAGCCCAGCGAGAUACCCUUCGUCCCUGGACUUAAGGCUCUGGGUGCGCAGAUCCAAGCUCUGCGUGAAGAGAUCCGUCGAAUUCCUACUGGAACAAACACUUCAUUACCCUUAAACUGUCUACAAGCCACUACCACAACUAGUGAAGACCUGAAAUGCUUGAAGGAUGAGAUCAUUGGGGAGGUUAAAGGCGAGUUGCACAGCUUUGCACGACAGUUAAUGCAGUUUAUGAGCCAAUGCCAGCAGCCCAGUGGACCGUCUUCGGGGAGUGAAACUCUACCAACGCCCAGAGUAAGCACAAACGUUCCUCUUUCCACCUCUUCUCCCUCCCCGCCUCCAGCGCCUCCACCGGCAUGGGGCACUCUCAACAUUGACCGUGAGCGCAUUGGCGGGGUUUCGGUAACGUACAGAUCAGGCGCCGCCUCGGGACUCUCUCUGCCUGCUCCGAGACGGGCUCAGCCUGGGCACCAGCGUUAA